AUGGGGAAGAAGAUUAUUGCUUUUGUAAUGCUUGUAAUGGUUUUAGGCAUGCAAGUGACAACAUUGGAUGCCCACCAAAUUGAUGACAUCAGUUGCUUUGAGGCUAUUAUUUCCUUAGUGUCAUGUGCACCGUUUUUGACAGGAGUAGGCCAACCAGCACCAUCUACUACAUGUUGCGAAGGAGCACAUAAUUUAUUUCAAAAGGCAGACACCACUCAGGUUCGACGUGAUAUUUGUCAAUGUCUCAAAGGUGCUUCAAUAAAAUUUGGAGUUAACUCUGACAAAGCAAAACAACUUCCACAACUUUGUAACAUUGGUCUCUCCUUUUCGUUUGAUCCUAGCAUUGACUGCAAUACGCGCUACACCGCUCCUGGAAAGAAGCAGGAUGUCAGAAUACUAUAG